CUGGCACCAGCCUCGCCCGCUGCAGGGAACCGCCCCCUGCCCGCGUCUUGGCCCGGCCCUGUGGCUGCCCGCCCGGGGCCCGGGCCGGUGCGGAGAAGGGCUCGGUCGCUUAGCAACGGCCCGGCUUCCCCGGCGAGCGCCAUGGCGGCGGAGGAAGGGGUGGUGGCCGCGGCCGAAGGGACCAUUCGCAGCCGGAGGGUCUUUCUCAACCAUCUGGACUCCUACGGCGGCAGCAGCAUCGGGAAGUAUUUAUCUAACUGUGUUGCUGGAGCAUCACUUGAAGAGGUGGGAGAGGAAGAAGAAGAAGAAGAAGAAGAAGAUGAAAUUAUGGCAGUUAUAGAUGUUACUCUCAGUAAACCAAAGGAGGGAGCCUACCAAAUAGUGGGGACUCUUUCUAAGGCACAGAGUAUGAAACCAGAUUUUGCUCAGGAAACUUACAGAAUCUCUACUCGAGAAGAACUUCUAGGUCACCUACUUGAGUGUGAUGUCAUUAUUUAUAACAUCACUGAAGAUGCAAAUCAAAUUGAAGAAGCUACUUGGGCUGCUGCUGCAGUACAUGGAGAGGUACUACAUUUUGAGAAACCAAAGUUAUUUAUCUUAGUUUCAACAAUAAUGACAUGGGCACGAAGCAAACCUCUUGACCCAGAUGAUUCAGAAAUUCCUUUUACUGAAGAAGAUUAUCGCAGAAGAAAACCUCACCCUAACUUUAUGGACCAUAUAAAUGCUGAAAAAGUGAUUAUCAAACUUGGAAAAACAAACAAAAACAAAUUUUCAACCUAUGUUGUUGCUUCAGGACUUCAGUAUGGAGCUGAAGAAGGAAUAUUUCACUACUUUUUUAAGACAGCUUGGCUUGGUGAGACUCCUGCAAUACCAGUUUUUGGAGAUGGAAACAAUUUUCUUCCAACCAUUCAUGUUGUUGAUUUAGCAGCGGUGUUACAAAAUAUAGCCGACCAUAGGCCAAGGACUCACUACAUUGUGGCAGUGGAUGAAUCUAUACAUACUCUUCAGGCCAUAGUUAAGUGCAUUAGCAAAAAUGUUGGACCAGGAAAAAUCCAAAAGAUUCCAAGAGAAAACGCUUUCUUAAGCAAAGACUUGACGCAAACACAUUUGGAUAUGUUACUUGUGAACCUGCGGAUGGAAGCUGUAUUCUUGAAGGAGAACUUCAACAUUAAGUGGGUUGCUCAGACAGGACUGGUGGAGAAUAUUGGGCAAGUCCUCAAAGAAUACAAGCAAAGUCGGGGAUUACUGCCAGUCAAAAUUUGUGUUCUUGGUCCUCCUGCAGUUGGGAAAUCUACUAUUGCUGAAGAACUCUGCAAACACUACAAGCUACAGCACAUUAAAAUAAAGGAUGUAAUUUCUGAAGCAGUAGAAAACCUGGAAAAAAUUAUUGCUCCUAAAGAAACAGUGGAAACUGAAGAGGUGGGAGAGGAAGGAGAAGAAGAUGAUGAAGAAGAAGGGAACAGUACAGAAGAGGCACAAGAACUCUUAGAUGGAGUCAAAGAAAACAUGGAGCAGAAUGGAGGUCGUCUGGAUGAUCAGUAUGUGAUUAGAUUCAUGAAAGAAAAGCUAAAGUCUAUGUCUUGCAAGAAUCAAGGAUAUAUUUUGGAUGGGUUUCCAAAGACCUAUGACCAGGCAAAAGAUCUAUUUAAUUUUGAAGAUGAUGAGGAAGAAGAGACAAGAAGCAAAGUGCCUCGCUAUGAUAAAUUAAUCACUCCUGAAUAUGUUAUUUCUUUGAAUGCUUCAGAUGAAUUCCUAAAAAACCGAGUAAUAAAUCUUCCAGAGAGUGUUGUGGCUGGAACUCAUUAUACUCAGGACCGGUUCUUGAGAACUCUCAGUCUCUUCAGAGAGUUAAACACUGAAGAUGAGACAGUUGUCAACUAUUUUGAUGAACUUGAAAUACAUCCACAGUUUAUUGAUGUAGCAAAGUUUGAGGAUCCUGAGAACAGACUUAUUGUAAAUGAGAUCAUCAAAGAAACUGGAGAACCUCGAAAUUAUGGUUUGACAGAUGAAGAAAAGGAAAAACUAGAAUGCAAAGCAGCUGAGGCACGCCUUGCCAAAGAAGCAGAAGAAAAUGCUGAACAAGAGCGUAAGGAAGCUGAGGAAAGGGCUGAAAAGGUGGCAAACUGGGAAGAGUGGAAUAAACGUCUAGAGGAAGUGAAGAGGCAGGAACAGGAAUUACUUGAAGCUCAGUCCAUUCCUCUAAGGAACUACUUAAUGAAGAAUGUCAUGCCAACACUUAUGCAAGGGCUGAAUGAAUGUUGCAAGAUCAGGCCUGAUGAUCCAGUUGACUUCCUGGCAGAAUAUCUCUUCAAGAACAAUCCUGAAAUGGAAUGAAAGAGUACUGACAGAUGUAAAACCCCAGCACAUCAUCACACUAAUGAAAAGGCAGAACAUUUCUAAUGUAUUUUACAAAAAAAUUGAUUAAAUUGAAACUAUUUUCUUUAUAUUUCUUUGUGUAGUUUUCACUUUUAUUUAUGACAUAUUACUUUUACUAC